AUGAUGAGGCAGCUGCUGACCUUUUCCCUGUUCGCCCUAUGCACCAUCAAGAGUGCUUUGGGCGACACUCCAUCCCUCCAGUCGAUCCUCGGCAACAACAGUAUCGAGGUCUACUUCCCGGGUGAGCCGGGGUAUCAGAACGUGUCGCAGGCCUUCAACCUCCGUCUGCACUUCGAGCCCAUCGCCGUUGCGUACCCAAACACUACAGAGCAGGUCGCGGAACUAGUCAAAGCUGGUGCAUUUCUCCAAGUUCCCGUCACCGCGCGCUCGGGUGGGCACUCCUAUGCCGCUUACGGUCUCGGAGGCGCGAACGGCCACUUGGUGAUUGACCUCGCCAACAUCAACGAAAUCAGCGUGGACAACUCGACCGGAGUCGCCACCGUUGGUACGGGUAACCGGAUCGGUGACAUCGCCAUCGCUCUCUUCGACCAGGCAGGGCGCGCUCUACCCCAUGGGACGUGUUCCUUGAUUGGCAUAGGCGGGCAUGCGAGCUUCGGAGGAUAUGGAUUUACAAGUCGGCAGUGGGGCCUCACUCUGGACAAUGUCAUCGGUGCGACUGUCGUCCUUGCUAAUGGGACGGUCGUCGAGGCCUCUGAAACGCAAAACCCUGAUCUAUUUUGGGCGGUGCGCGGUGCGGCGCCUUCAUUUGGCAUCGUCACACACUUCAACUUUACCACGUACGUCGCCCCGGCGCAACCGACAUUCUUCAGCUACUACUGGUCUCUCCCGCUGGAGCAAGCCAUCUCCGGCAUAUCGCUCUACCAGAAUUUCUCGUUCUCGCCCUCGAUCCCACCGGAGAUCGGUUUCGAAAUGGACCUCACGAAAGGCACGAACAACGGCGAGAUCCUGCUCAACCUGGUCGGAUCAUACUAUGGCAGCCCGGAUCAGUACAGUGCCAUUGUACAGCCCUUCCUUGACGCCAUGCCGAACCAGACGGCACCGGCGCAGGUCAAUGUGACGUCGUGGCUCGACAACCUGGUGCUCCUCGCGGGCGGCCCGAUCGCGAGCACGCCUCAGAGUAGGGCCUCCGAGAACAACACGUUCUACGCGAAGAGCCUUACGACGCCAUCGGACCAGCCGAUGUCGGAGGAGGCCAUAACGGCCCUUGCGAGCUGGAUGUCGGUGGAAGGGUGGUACACUCCUACAGACUGGUUUGUCCAACUGGAACUUUACGGGGGGAAUACCUCGAAGAUCGACACGAUCCCCUCGAACGCUACUGCCUACUUCAACCGACAUGAUCUGUGGACUAUCCAGUUCUACACCUCGAGUGCCGAUGCCGAGCCACCCUUCCCCAGAGAGGGCUUCGCGUUCCUCGACGGACUUGUAGCUUCUAUUACUGCGAACGAACCGGAAUCGUAUGCAUACGGGGCAUAUCCGAACUACGUCGACCCGCGCUUGCCUCCUGAUGCAUGGCACACACUGUAUUUCGGGUCAAACUUCGAUCGCCUCCGACAGAUCAAAACGGAGCUGGACCCAUACGGCGUGUUUACCUUCCCACAGUCGAUACCACCGUAUGAGCCUCUUCUGUGACACUGAUUGUUCCUUUUUAUGUCACGAUAAUGUAAUCCGUGGACACUAUCAAUUUGUGUGUAGAGUACUAUAUAUGUUAUUGACGACCGGCAGGAAUCUAUUGGCACUGGCAGGUCAUCGCGGUGUGAUCAUCAUUUAUCAUAUUCUGUAAAGCGGAUUGUGACCCACUGUGAAUGAUCGAAAUUGAUAUGGUCGCUGCAUCACCAUUUGAACCACAAGCCUAGUGCGCCUC